CUGUCCUCAGCUGGGUGUAAUGCAAUGAAGCUGACUGGCAGGGAUUGUGAUGUAACCUUACUGCUGGAGGAAGCCAUGUAGGCCCAGCCCACACUUCCAGUGUCACCUCUGGGCCCUCUAGGCCCUCCUACCUGCCCCUUCACUAGAUGCCUCUGAGAGCACGAUCUGGGGAGGUCACACUGGCACCUCAGAGCCCCUGACUGUGGCCCAGGCUGAUGUCCCAACUGCAGAGCCCUCUCACCGUCAGUGGGAUUGGCAAACUCCUUGGGCACAGCUGCCCCAUCGUCCAGCUCGACAGCCUCUAGGCCCGCGCGGACCCCUUCAAUCUGGACCUCAUGCUCUCCCGAAGCCGUGUCAUCCUCUGACCUUGCACUCUCGCCCGUGCGACGGAAUUUCACCACCCUAGAGGACAGAGCAAAUCUGGUCAUGAUAGCUAGAACUUCCCUUCGAUGGCCUUGCUGCACAGCCCUUGUGCCCAAGACAGGUGGUGCUGUUGUUGCUGAUCUGGGGACUGAUUUAAUGCAUUGGAGCCAGAUGAAUGAUUCUGCUGUAUGCCUGCCCCCUGCCAAUCAUGAAACAGUCAGGCUGAGGAAUGGAGCCUCUAUUCUGUUGGCUGAGAUAUAAAGUCAUGAAGAACUGGGGUGUUAUAGGUGGAAUUGCUGCUGCUCUUGCCGCAGGAAUCUACGUGAUUUGGGGUCCCAUUACAGAAAGAAAGAAGCGUAGAAAAGGACUGGUGCCUGGCCUUGUCAACUUAGGGAACACCUGCUUCAUGAACUCCCUGCUACAAGGCCUGUCUGCCUGCCCUGCUUUCAUCAAGUGGCUGGAAGAGUUUACCACCCAGUACACCAGGGAUCAGAAGGAGACCCCGCCCCACCAGUAUUUAUCCUUAACGCUGUUGCACCUCCUCAAAGCUUUAUCCUGCCAAGAAGUCACCGACGAUGAGGUCUUAGAUGCAAGCUGCUUGUUGGAUGUCUUAAGGAUGUACAGAUGGCAGAUCUCUUCAUUUGAAGAACAGGAUGCACACGAGUUAUUCCAUGUCAUUACGUCCUCCCUGGAAGAUGAGCGGGAUCGGCAGCCCCGGGUCACACAUUUGUUUGAUGUGCAUUCCCUGGAGCAGCAGCCAGAAAUAACUCCUAAACAAAUAACCUGCCGCACAAGAGGGUCACCUCAUCCCACGUCUAAUCACUGGAAAUCCCAGCAUCCUUUCCAUGGAAGGCUGACGAGUAACAUGGUCUGCAAACACUGUGAACACCAGAGUCCUGUUCGAUUUGAUACCUUCGACAGCCUUUCACUGAGUAUUCCAGCUGCCACAUGGGGGCAUCCGCUGACCCUGGACCACUGCCUUCACCACUUUAUCUCAUCAGAAUCCGUGCGAGAUGUCGUAUGUGACAACUGUACGCAGAUUGAAGCCAAAGGGACGUUGAAUGGGGAAAAGGUGGAACACCAGAGGACCACCUUUGUUAAACAGCUGAAACUAGGGAAGCUCCCUCAGUGUCUGUGCAUCCACCUCCAGCGGCUGAGCUGGUCCAGCCACGGCACGCCCCUGAAGCGGCAUGAGCACGUGCAGUUCAAUGAGUUUCUGAUGAUGGACAUCUACAAGUAUCACCUCCUUGGGCACAAACCUGGUCAGCACAGCCCCAAACCCAGCGAGACCACAGGGCCCACCUUGGACCUGCAGGAUGGGCCGGCCACCCCCAAAUCAGUUCUGAGUCAGCCCGGGGGCCCCAAAACACAAAUUUUUAUGAAUGGCGCCUGCUCCCCAACUUUGUUGCCCCCCCUGCCAGCCCCGAUGCCCUUCCCGCUCCCCGUGGUUCCUGACUACAGCUCCUCCAUGUACCUCUUCCGGCUGAUGGCCGUUGUAGUCCACCAUGGAGACAUGCACUCGGGACACUUUGUGACUUACCGACGGUCCCCACCUUCGGCCAAGAACCCUCUUUCAACCAGCAACCAGUGGCUGUGGAUCUCCGAUGACACCGUCCGCAAGGCGAGCCUGCAGGAGGUCCUGUCCUCCAGUGCUUACCUGCUCUUCUAUGAGCGUGUUCUUUCCAAGAUGCAGCACCAGGGCCGGGAGUAUAGGUCUGAAGAGUGACUGCCCUGGCCCCAGAGCUAGAGCCGAUGGCACUGUCCAAACUGGCCGGGAACAAGGCAAAAUCAGACUGUGUGGGUAUGCAAGCAGCCCCGCUAGAGUCCUCAGCCUUCUGGUGAGUUCUAAGAGCAGGCUCCGUGCAGGAGCCAAUGGUCCCAGUUCAAGCCAAACCAGGCUCCCUGAACAGCUCUGCUAGUAUGCACUGGAGGGUGUCUUUGUUGUGCUCGGACAGCAUUCAUUCUGUCUAGAACGUCUUUUUACUCACCUAAUACAGGUAAUUAAAAGAAAUCCGAUUCUGGAAGCCACCUUUUUUAUAUUUAGCUAUGUUAGGUGUUCUCAGAGGGGAGAUAAUUUUGUCUAAGACCUCUGAUCGGUUUCAGCAUAGAUCUUUUAUUUUUAAUAAGCAGGCCCAUAAAAAUUGGUGAAAUUAUUAAAGGCAACAACUUAGAAGAAAAAGUGCCUUUCACUUUUGAUUGCUUUUGUAGCACGUCCAUCCUGGAAAAUACAUAUUGUCCAAGAGUGCCCGAAACAACUUUUGAAAAGCUCUACUCCUUCCAAGUUUCUCCAUGGUGACAGGACAGCUCAAAGACGCCUGAAGAACACUCGCCUUCUCUUUUUGUGGGUCUUUUCUAAUCUUUGGAUUCUUUCUAUGUAGUCAAAGCGCACCUGCCAAAUCUGCCACCACCACCCCCUGCCCUCUGCCCCUGGGAAGGGGGUUAAUUCUUCCACUGCUCUAUCAGUUGUAAGUGCACUGCUUCUCGGUCGCUCUUACUCUCGGCACACUGGACUAGAGAUGUGAUGACGGUCUGGUAUAAAACUGUGUGAAUAGCAGGCACAGAACAGCCAUCUGUGCCAGCACCUGCACUUCCUCUGCUCUGGACAAAGUCCGUUUUUACAUAAAGCCCCCACCCCACCCCCGAGGACAGUUACUCCUAACUCUGUUGCCUAUGCAGUGCUCCUGAGGCUUACAGGCGUAGCUGGGGGCUGCAUGAGAGGACAGUCCUUGCCUUGAUUCGGGAGCUGGUUUCAGAAGGAAGGUCACCAAAUGUAGGGCUACAGUUGGGCUUCCUCAUUUGUAAAGUGAAGGUUGAUGUUCAGCAAUCAUCAAAACCUCAGCCCUUUCUACAAAAAAGUUUUCAAUUUUUAAAAAAUGUAUCCUUACAGCUGAUCAUCUAAUAUUGUCAUUUUGUUACAGGUCCAUAUUCCCAGCAGCCUGGUUUAAAAAAAAAAAAAAAAGACUAUAUUGAGCAUCCUCUUCCCUCUUUGGAUAAGUGUCAUGAAUGCAGCCCAGGCCACA